AUGUCUUUCACAGUCGGUGAUUACCUCGCUGAGAGGCUCGCGGGCAUGGGCUUAUCCCAUCACUUCAUCGUCCCUGGAGACUACAAUCUCAUUCUCCUGGACAAACUCCAACAACAUCCAUCUCUCUCCGAGGUUGGCUGCACAAACGAACUCAACUGUUCCCUCGCUGCUGAGGGAUACGCUCGUGCCAAUGGAGUGGGCGCCUGCGUCGUCACAUUCAGCGUCGGGGGCUUCGCGGCCUUCAACGGCGUUGGAAGUGCGUAUGCCGAGAACCUCCCCGUCAUCCUGAUCAGCGGCGCUCCCAACUCCAACGACUCAGGUCGCCACUUACUACACCACACGUUGGGCGAGUACAGCUUCACCUACCAGCUAGAGAUGGCCAAGAAGAUCACCUGUUGCGCCGUGGCCAUCAACAGACCAGGCCAGGCGCCAGCGCUGAUUGACCGUGCGAUCCGGACAGCGCUGCUGGAGUCCAAGCCCGCAUAUAUUGAGAUUCCCACCAACAUUGCCGGCGAGGAGUGCCUGAGACCCGGGCCGAUCAGCGCCAUCACUGGGCGGCCGUCCAGUGACGCCGUCUCCCUGGAGGUUUCCGUGGCCAAGGCCGUUGAGUUCCUUGGAACUUCAAAGAAGCCCGUCAUCCUUGUUGGGCCCAAGGUGCGAGGAAAGAUCGCGAGGUUGGCCGUGAUCAAACUCGCUGAGGCAAUGGGAUGUGCUGUUGUCCCCCAGCCAGCGGCCAAGGGCCGUUUCCCCGAGGACCAUCCCCAAUUUGCGGGCAUCUUCUGGGGACAAGUCAGCACCCUCGCAGCUGAUGCCAUUGUUAACUGGGCCGAUGUCCUCAUCUGCAUCGGCACCAUCUUUACUGAUUACAGCACUGUGGGAUGGACUGCCAUGCCCACCGUUGACAAGUUGGAGGUAGACACAAACAGCGUCACAGUACCUGGUGAUUCGACUUUCUACAGUCAGGUGUGGCUGGACGACUUCCUGGCCAGGCUUUCAGAGACGGCGCCCUGGAAUCCCGCCACUAUGGUUGAGUACAAUCGACUACGUCUCGAUCCACCAUAUGAACGCGCCUCUCGCGGACUAGAUCCACUGACUCGAAAGGAGAUUGCUCGCCGGUCACAAAAGCUGGUGUCCCCUGAAACCACGGUGUUUGUCGACACGGGCGACUCGUGGUUCAACGGGAUCCAUCUCCGCCUCCCUCGCGGCGCUGGAUUCGAGAUUGAGAUGCAGUGGGGGCAUAUAGGAUGGUCCAUACCGGCAGCUUUCGGCUAUACAUUGGCCAAGCCCAAGAGACGCGUGGUCAUCGUGGUAGGUGAUGGUGCUUUCCAAAUGACGGCCCAGGAGGUUUCCCAAAUGGUCCGAUGGAGGGUUCCCAUCAUCAUCCUUUUGAUGAACAACAAGGGCUACACCAUCGAAGUGGAGAUUCACGACGGUUUGUACAACCGGAUUCAGAACUGGAAGUAUGCUUCUCUUGUCCAGGCAUUCAACGGCGAGGAAGGUGGAGGGCAUGCUCUCAGCUUCGAGGUAUCCACCGUGUACCAUUUCACCGAGGCAUUGGACAAGGCAAUAGUUCAUGUGGACGGUCCGACGCUGAUAGAAUGCACCAUUGAUCAGGAUGACUGUAGUAGAGACCUGAUUACUUGGGGUCACUUUGUCGCCGCAGCCAAUGGUCGCCCCCCCGAAAAGGAUUAA